AGCUUCUCCUUCUCCUUCUCCAUCACACAUUCAUAUAACAAGACCAACUUUGGCUUUUUGUAACAUCAUCUGUACCAUCACCUUCUGUACUGGCUACUGUACGUCUCAUCACAUAUAAUUCCUCAUCCCUCACAGCCACUCACAACCAAUUGCCCCACCUUCCCAAAAAUGCCCCUCAUCAUCCAAAGCCUUCGACGGACAUCUCGUUCCUCUCCUCUUCGUUCCCUUCUUAACAACAACUUCAAAUCUAUCAACACUACACGCAACUUCCACGCUUCAUCCUCCAACAUGGCUAUCAAGACUUUCUUCGACGUGACUUGGGAGGGCCCAGUCCUUGACGCCUCUGGCAAGCCAACCUCGAAGGUUGCUGAGCAAUCCGGCCGCAUCAACUUCAACCUCUACGACGACGUUGUCCCCAAGACCGCAGAGAACUUCCGCGCUCUCUGCACCGGCGAGAAGGGCUUCGGCUACGCCGGCUCUGCCUUCCACCGCAUCAUCCCGCAAUUCAUGCUCCAGGGUGGUGACUUCACCCGUGGCAACGGCACCGGUGGCAAGUCCAUCUACGGCGAGAAGUUCACCGACGAGAACUUUGUCAGGAAGCACACCAAGCCCGGACUUCUGUCCAUGGCCAACGCCGGCCCAAACACCAACGGCUCCCAAUUCUUCGUCACCACCGUCGUAACCAGCUGGCUCGAUGGCAAGCACGUCGUCUUCGGUGAGGUCGCCGACGAGGAGUCCCUCAACAUUGUCAAGGCUCUCGAGGCCACCGGCUCCGGCUCCGGAAAGGUCAACUACAACAAGAAGCCCACCAUUGUCAAGUCUGGCGAGUUGUAAAGCACUCUCUUACCGGUGUGAUCAAACUUAUAUAUCCUCGCGGUGCUGGCGACGCUUGAGCGUAAAGUUUAGCUGGGUGCCGUGUGCCAGAGAUGGGCGAAUAACAAAAGCUUCGGA